UAAUACGCCCCGCCAAAGAUGAGAAAGAGGCAUCUCACUUCUUUUGCUUGGUUCUGUACAACACUGCGACUAUUUCAUUGAACCCAAUAUCCUUUCUCCUUACUGUCAUCACGGUCGAGAGCACCUAUCCCGCUACCGAUCGCUACCUAGACAUACCUCGACGCCAUCCGAGCCUCAACAUGUCGGAAAAGUCUCACGACAUCAACAGCACCGCCCGCUUCGUCUUCUACCGAUACCAUCCCUCAUUAGCUGCUGCUGUCGUAUUCAUCGUCCUCUUCGCAAUCACUACAGGUCUGCAUGUGUAUCAGAUCAUCAGGAAACGAACAUGGUACUUCAUACCGCUUGCGAUUGGUGGUAUAUUCGAAGUUGUGGGCUAUAUUGCACGGGUCAUCAGUACUAGGGAUCAGUGGGCUCUUACACCGUAUAUCAUACAAAGUCUGUUGACCCUAGUGGCGCCAGCUCUUUUUGCGGCAUCCAUCUAUAUCAUUCUUGGUCGUAUCAUCAUCCUCGUUGAUGGCGAGCGGUAUUCACUGGUGCGGCAAAAGUGGCUCACGAAGACCUUUGUAGUGGGUGAUAUUCUGAGUUUUCUGGUUCAAGGCGCAGGUGGUGGCAUCCAAGGCUCCAGCAAAGGCGACCAAGACAAAGUGAAGCUUGGUGAAAACCUCAUCAUCGCCGGCCUCUUCAUCCAACUCGCUUUCUUUGGUGCGUUCGUGAUCGUCGCCGGUAUCUUCCAUUUCCGGCUGGUCCGCUCGCGGGCCUCCAACUCGCACUCCUUCACCGUAAACAUCGACGCUCUGCCAUGGAAACGCCAUCUAGUCACUCUUUACAUCACCAGCGGUCUCAUACUCGUGCGAAGCGUGUUCCGUGUUGUCGAAUAUCUCCAAGGAAACGCGGGGUAUCUGUUGCGACACGAGGUUUUUUUGUACAUUUUCGAUGCACUCCUCAUGUUCGCCGUCAUGGUGGCGUUCAACUGGGUGCACCCGAGCCAAGUCACCGAGGCGUGGCAGGAAAGGGUCAAGAGCGAGGCACAUGGUGAAGCCUUGCACUCUGGACAAGGUCACGAGUUGCGGGGUGUUAACAAUGCUUGA